CGGCGGCGGCUGGGGAUCAGACAUGGCGGCGGAUCUGAACCUGGAGUGGAUCUGCUCUCUGCCCCGGUCCUGGACUUACGGGAUCACCAGGGGCGGCCGAGUCUUCUUCAUCAACGAGGAGGCGAAGAGCACCACCUGGCUGCACCCCGUCACCGGCGAGGCCGUGGUUACCGGACACCGGCGGCAGAGCACAGGUAACGCUGAGCCCGGCCGGGCCCGAGCGGAGUUGGGCUCCGCCGGGAGGAGGCGGCAGAGCUCCGGCCGCCCGCCUCCCCGCAACCUGCCCCCAGCCGCUGUCCCCGGGAGGCGGCGAGGUGGGGCGGAGGCCGGCGGGGGCGGCCGCAGGUAGAGAGGGACGGCGGGAGCCCCGCCGCGGGAGUUCUCUCGAGUCUCUGAACGCUUCUUUCCUUAGCCUUUCAUCGCCACUUGGAGACGGCGCCCUCUUCCUGGGCCCUCUCCCGCUUCCCAACCUGGAUACCUCCCCACCCACCCGACGCCCCCAGGGAGGCCGACUCCCCUCUCCCAGGAAUCUGGGAUCCUGAGUUUUUCCUCACGCAGCCACUCC